AUGACUGAACAUGGGCUUGCAUCUACUCUUACUGAAAUGCCUCUUAUAACUCCACUGAUCAACAGAGAUCCUAUACAUCGGAUUAUACUGGUGCAUGUUAACCCUGGGGAGACCCUCACCAUCAAGUCCGAUGAUGGGAGCAUUCAAAAUAUUCAAGGACCCGCUGAUGUACCUUUGAUGUCACCAAGUGGUACUUUACCACCAAUAUAUCUUCCUCCUGGUUACAUGUCUCAGGUGGUGGAAGAAAAUGGAAUUCGAAAAAUUAUCAUUGUGCCUCAGACAACCGACUACUACACGACCAUGUCUGCUCCCAUACAACAAGUAUCACCCUGCAUGGCACCAACUUUUAUGUAUCCACAAGCCACUCAACUGAUAUAUCCCACACCUCAAGGGGAAUUUCUGCCACCUUACAUUCAAGAGCCUGUGCCACAGCAGCUGCCACCACCACCACUGCUGCCAUAUCCACCACCGUUGCCACCACCACCACCACUGCUGCCGCAUCCACCGCCGUUGCCACCACCACCACCACCACCACCACUGCUGCCACAUCCACCGCCGUUGCCACCACCACCACCACCACCACCACUGCUGCCACAUCCACCGCCGUUGCCACCACCACCACCACCACCACCACUGCUGCCACAUCCACCACCGUUGCCACCACCACCACCACUGCCACCACCACCAGCAGCAUUUAUAUAUCAUGAGCAGCAUGAAACCUAUUCCCAUGGAAGAGCAAAUUAUAACCAACUUGAUGAAAGGACUGGUAAAAUGGAAGAAUAUAUGAAGAAAGAAAUGCAAGAAAGCCAGAUUGAUGGACACGAAAAUAGCUGUAUGAUUACCAACACCUCACUGCUUUUGAACCAAGCCAAUGAUUUUCCCAGUAUUCCUGGUACUCUGAGCACUUACACUGUGGACUAUGCUCCAAGCACCUGCACUGUUGACAGUACUUCAAGCACCUACACUGUGGACAAUACUUCCAGCACUUACACUGUAGACAAUGUUCCAUGCACCUACACUACCAAAGACACUUUAAGUACCUGCACUGUGAACAAUACUCUGAACAUUUACACUGCUGACAAUACUCCCAGUACUCACACUGUUGACCACCCUCCAAGUACUUAUAUUACUGACAAUACUCCCUGGAAUUCUUCCAUUGACCAUGCUUUUAAUACUUCCACCACAGACACUGAUCUGCACCCUUCCACCAGUGAAAAUAGUGUUCAGAGCCCUUCCAGCACUAAUCAUGCCUCCAAGACUUCCAUCUCUGACAGUACUCCCACACCACCACCUAUUGACAGUACUCCAAGCUCUUCCAUCCCUGACAGUGCUCCCAACCCUCCCAUCUCUGAAAGUGCUCCAAGUACUUCUGCCACCGAUGUUGCUCUCAAUACAGCCAAUGCGACCAGCACUUCCAAUGCUGCUAGUGCUCACGUUGAAACUAGUCAUGGAAACAAAUGCAUCAACCCAGGAAGCGAAGACAUCAAGUGGAAACCAGAUGGAAAACGAAGCAAGAGUCCAUCAUCAAAUACUGCAGAAAAAGAAUGCAGAACAGAACAUGGAAAGUCUUGCUGUUUCAGCAUUGAGAAACCUGUAGUUUCUGAUAUUCAGACAAGCUCUGCUGUUAUUUCAUGGAAGACACACGGUUCUGAAAAAUGCAAUCAUACUCAAUCUCCUGUAACAUUUGAAUUAGCAAUAUCUAACAGUGGUAAAAAUGGAAAAUAUAUAAAUGUAUAUAUUGGUGAUGAAUUUACAUUUACUCUACUUGAUCUACAGCCAUUCAUGGUCUAUUUUGUAAGAAUUACAACUGAAAGAGGCUCAGCACACAGAACUGUGUCUGAAGUGGUUAGCUUCACAACUCCAGGUUGCAAACCAGACCGUCCGCUUGCACCCAAACUGAUUAAUCGAUCCAAGAGCAGCCUGAAUUUACAGUGGAAAGGUUCCAAUGGUAAUGGUUCUAAAAUAAACAGCUUCUUUUUGGAAUGGGAUGAGGGCAAAGGUGAAGACUUCAAAAAUUGCUAUAUAGGUACCAUGAAACAGCACAAGAUCCUUAAACUGAAUGCUUCUACAAAAUAUUCAUUCAGAUUAGCUGCCAAAAAUAAGUUCGGCUUGAGUGAUUUCAGUGAAAUAGCAGUCUUCCAUACAUCAGGAACUAUGCCUCCAACACCUUCACCCCCUAAGCUGAAAGAAGCAGGAAUCUGUAAUUUGUCACUAGAAUGGUGUGCCCCAAUUAACACAAAUCCAAAUGACAGUCUUACUUAUGUACUAGAAAUGGAGGAAGCAGGAUCUGGGUUGGGUUUUAAACCUCAAUACAAUGGAGAAGAUCUUUCAUGCACUAUAAGAAAUCUUCAGAGAAGUACCACAUACAAGUUCAGGAUCUUUGCCUGCAAUACAGAAGGAAGAAGCAUCCCCAGUAGAGAAGUAGAAUAUGCUACCUGUCCAGAUAAGCCUGGAUCCCCUAAAAAGCCAUAUAUAAAGGGAAAGAUCCAUGCACACAGAGUAAAAAUUGGAUGGGAACCACCCGAAGAUAAUGGUGGGACAAACAUUUCAAGUUACAGUUUAGAAGUUAGGGAGAAUUUGGAUGGUAAGGCAUCAUGAUUUUUUUAAGUGAAUUUCUGGAACAUAAUCUACAAUGGAACCACAAGGGAAUUUCUGUACAAUCACCUGCAACCUGGUACUACAUAUAAAUUAAGAGUCUUUUGCACUUCACCUAUAGGCCAUAGCCAGCCUUCAGAUAUAUUGACUGUUCAGACACCUAAUCUUUCUCCUGCAUCUUGCUGUCCUCCACCCUUGAAUGGUAAAGUGCAGUCCAAAGAAACCAACAUCUUAUGCAACAAUUCUCCUACAAAAGGAAACUCUGAAGUACUUAUAAAUGUCAAAAAGGCAAAUGGUAACCAAGAUGAUGCACAAGGGCACUCUGGCUCAGAAGUGAGAUGCACAAUUCCUGUAUGUAAUGUUACUGAAAUCACUGAUUACAGACUAGAGUGGGGACAAACUGAAGAUUCGAUGCACUUGAUUUACACUGGCCCUUGUCUGAGCUAUGAAGUUAAAGGUCUCAUUCCUGCCACUACGUAUUUUUGCAGAGUUCAGGCCGUAAAUAUAGUUGGAGUUGGAAUGUUUGGAGAAACUGGCAUAGUAACCACACCAGCAACUGUACCAGCAGUAGUAACAGUGUUACAAGAAUUUGAAAACAAAGUUCCUGCCAAAUUGGCAUCAUCUUGCAUUGCUAUUCAAUGGGAGGAACCAGAUUGCCAUGGUUCUGCAAUCACUGGCUAUAACAUUGAAUAUGGAGACAGAAAAAUUUUGACUGUUAAUAGAGUAACAGAAUGUCUUCUGAAAAAUCUACAGCCUGAUACAACAUACAAAAUCAGAAUUCAAGCUAUCAAUCAUUAUGGACUAAGCCCUUUUAGCCAGCCAAUAAGAACCAAAACCAAGCCACUGCCACCUGAGCCUCCACGACUUGACUGUGUGGUAUAUGGGCACCAAAGCCUCAAACUGAAAUGGGGUAACUCUUCAAGCAAAAGAUUACUUUCUAACCUUACAAGCUAUAAUUUAUUAAUGGGAGAUCGAUCCGAAAGAUUUUCUAUUAUUUAUCACGGACCUUGUCAGAGUCACAAGGUACAAAGAUUGAGUGAACACACGCAAUAUAAAUUUAAAAUCCAAGCAUGUAAUGAAGCUGGUGAGGGGCCACUGUCUGAUAUCUAUACUUUCACUACAACCAAAACCCCACCAGCCACACUUAAAGCACCUAAAUUGCAGCAGUUGAAUAACAAUACUUGUGAGGUCAAAUGGGAAUCUUUGGAGCCAAUAAACGGAGAUUCCAUAGUUUACAGUCUUCAGCUCAUCAGUGGAAAAGGAACUGACGUGAUUUACAAAGGACCGAACACAUCGUUCACCUUUUCCAACUUUCUCACAAAUUCACAUUACUGCUUCAAAGUCUGCGCUGGACGUCAAUAUCAGAAUUCUGCUGGGAUACAAGAGCUCUGGGGACAUUGUAGCCAGAGUGCUCUUUUCUCAACCUAUAAGCAACAGCUGGGGCCUGGCAAAGAUGUUAGAAGAAAGAGAGGAAGCAGCCCUAAUGAAGGGAAACAUGAAAAACUCAAGAUAGAGAUGAGUGAUGAUACCUUUGUUCUGAUCCUUGUGAUAGGAUUUGCACUAAUUGCCAUUCAAUGUGCUGCUAUGAUUCAGUACCUCCUUAUCAACUAA